AUGGGUCCGAUCCUCGACCUGCAAAGACCAUCCGUUACCUUCAUCCUCCUCUCUCUCGCCCUAGCAUCCAUCUACUGGCUACGCCUCUUGUUCCGGCGUCCACUUUUCCCCAAGGGGUCCCCUGUGCUGGUUGACGAGUAUCCAGUCGUGGGAGCAUGGAGUUUCUUCAGCCGUCGAAUCGAUUUCUGGCGCCAUGGGACCGCACAGAGCAAGACCGGUCGCUUCAGCUUUUAUGUAGGCAAACUGCCUGUCGUCAGUGUCAGUGGAGUCGAAGGAAGAAAGACAUUUUUCGAAAGCAAAGAGUUGAGCUUCUCUGAAGGCUACGCCGUGCUAUUCGGUAAUGCUCCGAGAUUCAGUGUCAAGAAUGAGGACGGCGUCGAGACUUCCGGAGUAGAGGGUGGAUUUGAUACCUAUUUCAAUCGUCGCAUUACGCGUCUGAUGAAGAAAGGCAGAUUCGUUCGGAACCUGCAUCUCCUCGUCAAUGAUACGAGGCAAGCGCUGAGUCAGUUGGCGAAGGCGGAGAGCAAUAUUCUGGAUCCAUUCGAUGAUAUUUAUCGGAUCGUUUACCGAUUGACUGUCCGGACGGUGGCCUGCAAUGAUAUUGCCGAUAACCCAGACUUACUUUCCCGGUCGUUGAAGGCUUUCGAAACUAUUGACGCCAGUACGACACCUUCCACUGUUAUCUUCCCCUGGCUGCCUACUCCAGCUUCCGUUAAGAGAAUGGUUGCUGGCGCGAGACUGUACAGGAUGGUACAGAACAUUGUAGAGGCAAGGAAAAGUGCCGGGGUAAGGGGUGAAGAUGCGCUUCAGUUCUUGGUGGAUCAGGGCGACAGUAUCGCACAGAUAAUAUCAUUCGUCAUCGGUUCACUGUAUGCCGGUGUACUCAACACCGGUAUCAACGCCGCUUGGAUUCUCGUCUAUCUUUCCACUGACUCGCACUGGAUGGAUGUCGUACGCCAAGAAGUUGAUGCAGCCAUUGACAAGCAUCGAACGAAUUCUGCGCAGUCGAAAGGUGAUAUUCUCACUAGUUUCGCUCUUGGGGACUGGGAAACCGAGUUUCCGAACAUUGAUCUUUGCCUUCGCGAAUCUAUUCGGUUUCACCUGACCGGAACUGCGUUCCGCAGAAAUGUCAGUGGAAAGGACAUGAUUCUGGGAAAGGAGAUUAUCCCCAAGGACGCAUAUCUUGUAUAUGCUGUGGACGAUAUCCACUUUGACCCUGAAAUCUACACCGACCCUCAGACAUGGGACCCAUCCAGAUAUCUGCCACAUCGCGCGGAGGACAAAAAGGUUCAGAAUGGAUAUCUCGGCUGGGGCACUGGUCGACAUCCUUGCCAUGGAAUGCGAUUUGCGAAGCUGGAGACCUUUAUCAUCAUCGCCUUUUUCGUGGCAACGUUUGACUUUCAGCUGGUGGAUGAGCAAGGAUACCCCAAGAUGGCAUGGCCUGAAACGGAUAGGAACGAACAUGCAGCUCAUAAGCCCCGAACACCAGUUAGGCUCAAGUACACAUUGAAGGACUGA